ACUGUCUUUCGAGGUUCCACUUUCAUAAUUAAUAAUUUAUAUAUAGUUUGUAUUGUAAUAUUACAAUCGUGUGAAAUGUGAAUGAGUUUUGAUAUUAUUUGUUUAUUUGUCCUCAAAGAAACAAGAAUAACAACAUAAGGGAAACAGUUAUUUUAAAAAACAAAAUUGUUCUAACAAUAAUAGAAAACUUUGCGAUUGCGAUGUUUAUGCUGCAAUUACAAUAAUUAUUAUUGAAACAUAAAAACCGAAACUAGGACAAAUAGUUAUAAGUAUCUUAACUUAAGUGUCACCAACCGUCGAGCGUCGAGCCUGAUAAAUAUAUAGGUAUACUAAAUAGUUCGGAUCUUUGUAAAUACACGCCCUAGUCGGCCAUACCAAAGUCUCGUAUUGACGUAUUCUCGACACGUAUUCUCGUGCACACGAUACUAUCGACAACAGACAUUUAUUCGUAUAAUUUAGUAUUCAACAAUUUGAUCAAACAGAAAACAGAAAACAUUCCAUAUCUUCGUCUGUUCAUUUUGCAAGUGUCUUUUAUUUAUUUCUUAUCCAUUAAAUACUAAAAGUCAUACAAUCUCAAUAAUGGUUUCACCGUCAGACAUGGACAAGUUUCUAGCCAAUUUGGGCAACCUUCCUAGCCAGAUACAGCAAAACCUCAGACUGUUGCAAAACAUCGAUUUAAAAUCGCAAGACCUGAUACGCAACAUAACCAAAGAGACCGACGAUUACCUUAAGAACCAAAAAUAUUUGACCGACAAAAAAAAGAAAAGAUUUAACAGAAUACAACGUCAGUUUGUGAAAGCAAAAGAGUAUGGUGACGAUAAAGUUCAGUUGUCUCUACAGACAUACACGGUGGUGGAUGAUGUAAUAAAAAAAAUGGAUGCAUAUUUAAUGUGGUACGAAGCCAACAACCAAGUUAAAGCCAUUAACGUCGCCAAAACUAUUGAGGAAGGUUCACAAAAAAAAAAACUUGAUAAGACCGAGAACAAUGACAUUAAAAAGAAACAAUUAAAUAAAGGAGGUAAAAAAACAAGUGCUGCAUCUAAAAAAGCACUAUUGGAUGUCAAAAUUCCUAAAAAAUUUCCUAGAAGUGGAGUGGUCGGUGUACGUCCGGCUGCAGUAAUCGACAUGCCUGUUGAUCCGAAUGAACCAAAGUAUUGUCUGUGUAACCAAGUCUCAUUUGGGGAAAUGAUAGGGUGUGAUAACCCAGAUUGUACCAUUGAAUGGUUCCAUUUUGUUUGCGUCAAAUUGACUACUAAGCCCAAAGGAAAAUGGUUCUGUCCAAAAUGCAAACAGCCAGAAGAAAAGCAGUAAUACAUCUAAUACUCUCCUCGGUUUUUAUUAUAAUAAUAUUUUAAACUUUCUUAAUUUUUAUCGCUUAAUAAACGUCAAAUGCUUUUACUAUCUAAAUAAUAUUUUAAAAUCACUUCUAACCUUCUAAUGAUAGUUGAUAAUAUAUAAUAUGUCUUUAGUUUUAUUUAACUAUACUAUUUAAUCUUCAUUGUAUGUAAUUUUAGUUUUAAUCAUUACAUUCAUUUUUUAUUAUUAAUUAAAUACUAAAUAGUUUCAUGUGUUCUGUACAUGAUAUAUAGAUUUACCUAUACACCCUAUAGGAAACUAGUGCCAGUCAUAAAAUUGUGUGAAAUAGUGAAAAAUAUAUGAAAAAUGU